ACUGUAUCCGCGGUGUUGACACGACUUUCAGCAUGGUUCGAAAACUCAAGUAUCACGAGCAGAAGCUCUUAAAGAAAGUAGACUUUAUAUCGUGGGAAGUCGACAACAACCUCCAUGAAGUAAAGAUAAUGAGAAAGUACUAUGUUCAGAAGCGCGAGGAUUACACAAAGUACAAUAAGCUGUCACGGGCUAUACGGGAUUUGGCGCGGAAGAUCAAAGAGCUGGAUCCGAAGGACCCAUUUCGUGCCAAGGCAACCACCGACUUGCUGAACAAGCUGUAAGUUGUGAGCACAUUCCUGCUUCCCUG